AUGCUGCAUAUUCCCAAAAAGGCUAAUUAAAAAUCAAAUGCUGCAUAUUCCCAAAGUGACAGCUGGUUAGAUUUAAAAAAGAAAAAAAAGGUGACAGCUGUAAAGUAGGUAGUUUAUCUUAAAAGAAAAAGAAAAAAAGUUGUAGCUUUGAAACUUGACCGGAAAGGGCAAAAAAUAUAAAAUACCGUGGGAGCACUAUUCAACUGAAUCCCUCAGAAACUUCACUGCCCUGCGUACUGAAAACGAAAUGAAACAUCAGAGACUAAAUUUGCGUUCAUAAUGUUCUGGGGACUCAUUGACUUGUACAAAUAAGUCUUCAUGUGUUAGCAAGUGCCAAUCUUUGCGAAUUCAAGCUCUUCUGGGAGAUACCCUGAGCGCUUGUGGAGAAGUUAGAAAAUGCAGGCAAAAGAGGAAAGUAGGUAAAUAUGUUGCUGAAAGCGGAAUAUGUGCUGUGGUUUAUAAGCUUUGAUUUUAAGUCGAGGAUAUGAUCCAAAGUCUUUGGUUUUGAUAAAGAAUUUGGUUAGAAUAAUCCAAUGGCAGUGGAGCUCAUACCGAUUGGUACCAUCUUGGCUCUGCUUACACACCAGGUCAUUAAAACAGCUCAAGCUGCCAAAGAUGUUGUCUUCGAGAAAGAAAGUUUUAAGGUUUUGUCAAAGCAUCUUUUCGAUAUCGAAGCUGUUCUAAGGGAAUUGCAGCUUCAAAAACUGAAUGAUUCACCAGCUGCUAGGCAAGCUUUGGAGUUCCUUGAGGCAGAUGUCAAGAAAGCUAAUAACUUGGUUGAGAAGUAUAAAAGUCGAACCCGUUUCUACUUGCUGGUCAAGUGCCGACAUAUUGUCAAGGAGGUACAAGAUGUCACAAGGGAUAUUGGAAAGUCAUUGGAUGCUUUAUCCCUUGCAAACACUGAAGUCCUAUCAGGUAUAUCUGACCAGGUGAAUAGGUUACAAAAUGAGAUGCAAAGAGCAGAAUUUGAGACUUGUCAGUCUCGGCUCCAAAUUGUUGACAAGUUGAAUCAGGGUCUUGCGGAGCAGAAAUUUGACCAGGGUUUUGCUAAUGACAUCCUUAAAGAAAUAGCAAGGGCAGUUGGGGUAGUUGAACCCUUGGAGAUAAGCAAAGAGCUGGAAAGCUUCAAAAGAGAAAAGGAAGAAGCUGCCAAUAGGAAAGAAAGGGCUGAAGUUUAUUUGUUGGAGCAGGUUAUUGAGCUGCUCUCUCGAGCUGAUGCUGCAAGGGAUUAUGAAGAAAUUAAGAAGCUGUAUUUCCAAAGGCUUCAGGUCAUAGAGGGAUACAAUCCAAGAGAAGAAUAUAUUAGACCGUUCAAAGCUUUCACUUGUUGUAUAACUGGAGAUGUGAUGGUUGAUCCUGUCAGCCUAUGCACAGGUACUGCGUGUGAGAGAAAAGCACUGGAAGCUUGGUUUGACAGUGGGGAGAAGACUGAUCCAGACACGGGUGAUCCCCUUGAGGAUUUUUCUUAUAGGUCUAACCUUCAGCUUAGACAAUCGAUCCAGGAGUGGAAAGAACUCAACUAUUGCAUCAAAAUCAGAUCCUGCAAGGCAAAACUGCUAUCUAAUGUGGACUCGUCUGUGGAAGAGGCACUUGGCCAAAUACAGGGGCUCAUGAGAGAAAAUUCUAUCAACAAAGACUGGAUUUCCAUUGGUGGCCUUACUGAUAUCAUUGUCUCAAUCAUUGAAACUUCACACAACAAUAAUAUGAAAAGAAAGAUAUUAAUAACCUUAAAGGAAAUAACCGAAGGACACGCAAGAAAUAAGGAUAUAGUGGCGGAGUCCCUGUGGUUUAAAUGUAUCAUUCCAUGCUUAGGGUGUGAUUCAGGCAUUUCAGAUGCUGCAGUCGAGCUGCUAUAUGAGUUAUUGCGAGAGAGAUCUGGUUGGAACAUGUCUGUUUGCAGCAAACUUUCUCAGCAAUGCAGUGCAAUUCUUUUCCUUGUUUCCCUCCUGAAGGGUCCAGUGAGGGAGUCAGCAGAGAAAGCAAAUGAAAUCUUGAUGAAGCUUUGUGAUGAAGAUGAGGAAAAUAUUAUUCGUGCUGCAAAGGCGGACUGGUAUAAACCACUUACUGAUCAUAUUCUUCAAGGGUCGGAAUCGUCAAGGAGAUCGAUGGCAAGAGCACUUGUUGGUAUGGAACUGGCUGAGCAGAAUAUAAAGCUCCUUGGUGAGGAAGGGGUAAUACCUCCUUUGCUCGAAAUGGCAUCUGGUGAUAUUGAAUCAAAAGAAUUGUCCUUAUCUGCAUUGGUGAAGUUAUUGGGCCAUCAUGAAAACAAGAAACUUAUUGCUGCUGCUGGUGGAGUUCGUCUUGUUCUGGAACUGAUGUUCUCUUCCCACAUUCGGACAAUUAUUAUUGCUAAAUGCUCUGAAGUCCUUGAUAGACUUUCUUCGAAUGGUGAUGGAACUAAAUUCUUUGUUGAUGAGAAUGGGACUGAACUUGAGUUAGAGCGAAUCAUCACCAACUUGUUAGAUUUCCAACAAAACCAAAGCACAUCCGACAAUGUCAGGAGGCCUGCUCUGCGUGCCCUUCUUGGAAUUUGUCAAUCUGAUGCUAAGCACAUUAAGACGGCCGUGCUCACUGCCAAUGGUGUUUCUGUAGUCCUUCCUCUUCUUGAUGACUCCAAUCUUGAAAUCCAGCAGGUUGCAAUAAAUCUUCUCUUCCUCUUCUCCCAGCACGAGCCACAAGGAGUUGUUGAAUACCUUCUCAAGCCGAGGAGACUAGAGGCUUUAGUGGGUUAUCUUGAGAAUGAAAGUAACAAGGACGUUCAGAUGGCUGCAGCUGGUUUAUUAGCCAAUCUUCCAAAGUCUGAAGAAUCUCUCACGAUAAAGUUAAUCAAAUUAGAUGGACCAAACGCUAUCAUAAAAGUCUUAAGAUGUGGCACCAUGGAAGCAAUAGAAAAUGCUUUAAGUGCUCUCUUCAGGUUCACAAAUCCCACAAAUCUUGAGUCACAGCAGAUUGUGGUUGAUCAAGGAACAUAUCCUUUGCUCGUAAAUUUCCUCAGGAGUGGUUCAGUGACGGCAAAAGCAAGAGCAGCAGCUCUCAUUGGCAACCUUUCUGCAAGCAGUCCAAAACUCACUGUUGUGUCCCGAAAAUUUGGCUGCUGGUGUUUCCAUCGGGCACAUGACCCUGUAUGCUCAGCACACGGGGGUAUCUGCAGUGUGUCUACUUCAUUUUGUAUGUUGGAGGCAAAUGCUUUGCCUGAGCUGGUGACAAUCUUACAAGAGAAGGAGCAUGCAACAUCUUAUGAAGCAAUUCAGGCACUUCACACUCUGAUUCGGAAGGACUCUCCUCAAAGAGGAGCCAAUGUCCUGCAUGAGUAUGGUGCCAUUAACCCCAUAUUGGACAUUUUGACUUGGGGUACGGGUUCUUUGAAGGAAGAGGCUUUGGGGCUGUUGGAGAGUGUUUUUAUGUCGAAGGAAAUGGUGGAAUACUAUGGAUCAACAGCUAGGUUACCGCUUUCUCUCCUGUCUACAGGUAGCAUUCGUGAGGAGGGACAUCUUCAGAGGAAGGCUGCUAAAGUCUUUUCACUCAUUGACCGUUCUUCAAGAUCAUCAAGAUCCCUAAAUCCUGGACUUCACGGGUGAAAAUCCUUGUGAUCACACUGUAAUAGAUUUAUCCAACAUUUUCUGGAAGUAAUUGACUGUCCACUGCAUCAAGUAUAUUUAGUACAAGUAAAUGCUUUAUUACUUCCACUUGAUAGUUCAUUUUGUUUUCUCUUUUAUUUGAUUCAAAUAUGAAACCUACUAUUCCUAUGUUCAUUAAUACCUGUAUCAAAUUCCCUGAAGAUCAUCACAUCUUUCACUGUUACCCCUAUUCCCUAGUGCAAAUUUACUCUAAUGGGGAAGAAGAAUGCAAACAUAUAGCUAUUGUUGGCAAUGUCUGUAAUAGGACUGACUGCAAAGAGGAGAGAUUGAGCACUCUUGUAAACCUGUAAUUCUUUUUUUUGGUUGUGGAUUUUGAUUUUUCUGUGUUUUGCAUUGUUGUAGUUGUGUA